UCUGUUCGCUGAGGAAAACCUCUGUUGAAAAGACACAAUUUCACAUUGUUAUACGACCAGCGUGUAGUGAUACCAUAUCUGACGAGACCAUGAGCCCUGUGAUGGAGUCUGUCAAGGGCUUUGUGCUUGGAGCAGUGGCUGGAGGUAGUCUGGGAGCCACGGAGGUACCGCUGAAUCGAAUAAUAUCAGAGAUCAUCUCAGGAGCCCAACUGAAACCUGUUAUGUCUGGCAUUAAGAGCAUCGGGGCUCUUGGACUGGGUGCACUUCUAGGAACUACUGCACUCAUCACAUCUAUGGCAUUGAUGGUGACGGGGGUCACCGUAGCCGCAUCUGUGGCCUUGUGUCUAUUGAGAUUGAGGAAGAGUGAAGGAUGGGUAGCAGCAGGAUUGGCCGCGGCUCUCACCAUGACUUCAAGCGGUGCAGCACUAGGGGCCAUCAUUGAAAAUCUGAGCAAGAGCUACGGGAUGGUCAGCUUGCUCUGGGCUUUGGGAAUUUUUACAGUUUUGAAACUAUUGAUGCACUUCUUUGUCAAGUAUAUAUGCACAGAACGGGAAUUCUGUGGAUCAGUAGCUGAUGCUACUAAGAGAGAACAAGCAAGACUACUUGCUUUGGAAAUAGAUCUAAGACGGCGGGCUGCAUUGGAAAUGGAAAAGCGGAUUAAGGCCUGCGAGAUGAAGAAACCAGAAGAGGAUGGUCUGGUUGCUCGAGAGGCCCAGCGAAGAGAAAGAGAAGAAAUAAAGAGACAGCAAAGGAAGGCUAUUGAGUUGGAAAUGCAGCAGAGGACUUCUCGACAACGCCUGCUGAAAGCUGUGGCCACAUACAUGGAGUUUCUUGCAUUUUCUGGCAUUCCAAUGACUGUGACUGCUUUUGUGACUGCUGUCUUUGGCAUCUUUGGCUUUGGAAAUUACAGAUUUGUUUUUGUUGUCCUGUUAGUCGUGGUGUUAUGCAUGUCAUUUUGGCUCAUGAGUUCUCAGCGUUUGAACUUUUGGAUGCUUAUGGGUUGCAUUGGAAUGUUUGCCACAUUUGCCAUUGCCGUGCUGACUGUUCAUGCCGGGCAGGAGGUGGCAGGCAUGUCUGUCAAAAUGCACUUGGCAGGACAAAACAUGACCAAGGAGAAUACCAGCAUCCGUAUGACUUAUGCAUCCUCCGUACAGGCAAUAUCUGCAGGAUUCUUCGUGUCAGAAGUCUGUCAGGUUGGUUUAGGGGCCACAGUUGGUGGUCCAGUGGCAAGAGAGGCAGGAGGAAAGGUGAUUUUGGGGGCGUCUUUAACUGCUGCGGUUGUUUUGUCGAUAGUUGAAGUGUCGUCGCAGAUGCUGGGAGUCGGUGGUAAGGCGGGGGCUUUGCUGGGGGCGGCUGGAGCUGCUGGUGUGUCCAUGGGAGGUGCUGCAGCCGUAGCGGCGAAAUCGUCCUCAUGGGGAGCAACAACAGGAACUACUGCUGGGAUGAUCUUUGGCUUAUUGGUGUUUAGAAAGUGGGACAUUAUUAACACAGGGCUUCACAUAUGUGUGGCAUACCUGUUUGCCAUGACAAAUCUUUACUGAAAUGCUAUGUAACUGCUCUUUUUAUUACUACAGUAAUAACUUGGUAAGAAUCAGCAUCAGUAAAAUUGAGGUUUUUUUUUUCUUCUUUUUCUUCAUUCUUUCUUGUUCUAUUCUCACUAUAUCACAUUUUUGUUCUCUAUA